AUGGGCAAAGCCAAAAUCCGGUUUAACCUACGCCGCCUGCGGGCCCACUACCAUUUCACUCCUGGCCAACCGCAAGUUUAUACUGCCCGUGCAUUGAACCCUAUAGUACAAGAAUUCAAAGAAUACAUUGAGCGGGAGGGUGUCGUCUACGCUGCAUUCAACCAAAUGUUCGAGCAAGCUCCGUCGCCUCAGAACGAGGACCAAGCAAAGAUCGAAGACUAUGUGGACUUGAUGGAGAUGAUCGACACGCAGUUGACGGCAGCACCCAGUUAUGGCGGAGGCGCGAGUGAUAUGGCGGCCGCCGUCCCCUAUUACGCUAUCAUUUCGCGUUUCUGUAACACUCCUGCGGGCUACAGCGCGUUCACUGACCCUGGAGUCAAUGAAAGACUUGGCAGGGUGUUCAACGCAUGGAACGAAUACCUCAGGUCGGUGGACUCCACCGACGUCAUUUACGAUGGAGAGGGCGGCUGGCUCAGUACCACAGCGCUCAAUGCUAUGGUCCAGCAUGCUGGUGGAGACCCUGGACAGGAUACGUUUGACAACUUCUACGUUUGCGAUACCACUGAUCCUCACUACGGUUUCAAAUCCUAUGACGAGCUCUUUGUCAGGGAGUUGAAAGCCGUCCACCGUGCUGUAGUUUCCCCUGAUGACACGGCGAUCGUCAACUCCGCAUGCACGUCUACGGUCUACGAGAUUUACUACAACCUUAAGAAGACAGACAGAUUCUGGAUCAAAGAUACCCCCUACUCCCUCAACCACAUGCUUGCUGAGGACGAUCUUGUUGACACAUUCGUCGGCGGGACUGUUAUCCAGGCUAUGCUUGCAUCUCUCGACUACCACCGUUGGCGCAGUCCCGUAGACGGCACCGUCGUGAAGACGCGCCUCAUUUCGGGUUUGACGCAUCCUAACCCACCACCAACCUACUACGCUGCUUGCUUGGAUGAUGUCCAAGACGAUUUUGACGUCAUUACUCGCUCGCAGGACUUCGUCACGGCCAUAUCUACUCGUGCUUUGAUCUUCAUCCAAGCCGAGGAUCCCGUUGGCUUGAUAUGCUUUGUGGGUGUUGGCUUGUGCGAAGUGUCGACUUGCGAAAUUACCGUCAAGGAGGGUCAAGUGCUCAAGAAGGGCGAUCAGCUGGGCAUGUUCCAUUUCGGAGGAUCUACCCACUGCCUCGUCUUUGGUGGUGACGUGACUGUGACGCAAAUCAUGCAGCCAGGCAAGGACGACGACGGUAACGACACCGAAGUGCCAUUGGUGGGAUCGAAGGUGCGGGUCGGCAAAGACAUCCUCACGGUCUCAAAGCAGACUUGA